AUGGACAAGUAUUUGAGGUUUGUUGCUUCUGCGUAAAAAGUUGAAAAUUUAUAUCACAGUGGAAACUUGUCCGAUUGGCCGGAGGACCUCAUUUCGAUGGGCAACUCCGGUUUGAGUCCAGAAUUCGCGAAUAAUGUCUCUAUGCUUUGCUCUGAGAUCAAGGAGCUGUAUGGGAUGGAGGAAUCCGUCCGCCAGGCUGAGCAAAACGACGUCUUGCCGUUUCUUUAUGAUCUCAGCGCGUUUUUGCUGGAAUUAGGUUAGGGGAAAAGUCUAGGACUUGAGUGCAACUUGAACUUUUUGCGUUUAGAGUGUCCUUAUGAAGAGCUGACGUGUGGAUUGUUGGUAAAUCGAUUCGAUUCUGCUGAAAGUUGUGCUGUACUUGUGAAAUAUCUCGUUUGUGAGCUCAGAGCGGCCCGAGUAUACGCUCAAGGGCGGCUCGAUUCCGGCGAAUUGGUAGUAAAAAUUCAAUCUAUGGUUUUAAACGAAAAUUAUUUUUUCAGGUCAAAGAUUCUGGUGACAAAGAGCUAACUCCAUACAUUGCUUCCGCUCUGAACGUUUGUAAAAUUUCCAAGCCUGGGAACUCCAAUAACGCCAAUCACGUUAUCGAUUUACUUGCCUCUGCGGUUUUAAACUUCUUGUUUUUUGUUCAAAAAAAAUUUUUUUUGAGGCCGACAAACGUUUGAAAAACUUGAACGUAAAGCCGAAUCCGUUGUUUACGGCUAGUUUGGACGACAAAAAGUUGAGCGGCAUCUUGGAGGUUAGGUUUUUAUGGCUAUUUUAUGGUUAGGACAUUAAAAUGGUAGGUUAUGAUAACAGUGAGGAUGUCUAUUUUGGUAAUCUUAGACACAUUUUCGGUUUAGACAAUGUUCAAAGCCAUUUGAAAUUUUCCAGUGGCUCAUGAUUUCGCUGAUGUUGUUCUAAAAUAUCCUUUAAGCUUGUGUUCUGAGCUUCUUGCAGCUUUUUCUUAAAGUUUAACACUAUUUUUCGACAUUUUCCGCUCCUAAAUCUCUUAAUUUUUGCUAAACAAAACUUGCUUGUUUUAUCAUCAAGAAGCUGUCCCUCAAUUUUUUGAAUAAUGUUAUUUGAGAAUCGUAUCUUUUUUAUCCAUUUUUCCGCUCAAUUUUAGUACUUCUCCUAGGUUUUUCGACAUUUUUAAAGGAAAUUUUUCAUUUUUUUUCCAUCACUUCUCGAUUUUUCGAAAAAUCUGAUUUUUUUAGGUAUGCAAAAUCCUGUCCAAAGAUUUUCACAGCCGGCUGGUCCUUCUCCUCCGACGCCUUGAAGUCACAGUCGCCUCUUUUUUAUGGUUUUUUUUUAAAGUUUUUAUUCAGAAGGAGGUAUUUUCAGUCAUUUUUUCACAUUAAAUAUUCAUUCUACCCAACAUGAUCCAUCGAAAGUCCAAUAAUGUCUCAUUUUCACCAGGUGUGACCGAAUCAAGCCUUUGGAAAAGGAGAUUCGAGAGAUUUUGGCCGUUCGCCGCAAGGAAAUCGAAGCGAUCCGGUCGACUUGCGACGUUCCUCAUCUUCUAGCCGCUUCUGAUAAUCUUCUGAGGGUUCAUCAGGCUGGUGCCAUGGAGUUCAGGUUUUUUUUUUGGAUUAUUCAUGAUAUUCAACCCAUGUAAACUCCUCCAGCUAUUAUUAAUUACUGUAGUAACCGAUGUUUCUCAAACUUCAGCUAUUUUUUCUAGAAUGAAAAAAGACGGAAAAUUUCAGAAAACAUCAUAAUUUCUAGGUGGUCUUAUCUUUAAUAGGGAGUCAAAAAACCGUUUUACCGAUGGCGUAUGAAUAAGGAAAAAGAGAAAGGUUGAUGAAAUUUUGGUGCCAUACGUUAUUUUGUACGCUGAAUCGGAUGGAACUUACAGAUUUUCGAUAUCUUUUGUAGAUUCGCCAAAAAAAUCAUUUUCUUGAAGAAAGUGUUACUAGCGCAUUUUUCUGUUUUUGGCCUGUGACAAAACAAAAACUUUUAGUGUUCAGCACUGCUAUGUGGGGUGUCAUCUAAAAAUCUACUAAUUCUUGACUUUUCGUAUUAUAAAAAUAAAGUAUAGUACGCGGUUCUAAUGGUGUAACGAAUUAAUUUACACUGUUCUGCAAAUUUCUCCCGGUUUUUUUUAACAGAAACGAAACAUUUUUGGAAAUUUUCUGAAAGGAUAUGAGUUGAGAAAAAUAGUAGAGAUUGAAAUGGUUUUGUUCCAGAAAGAACACAAAGAGUAAAGCUCAUCCACUGGCUUCUGGAGAAAAGCCAAAAGAUCGAGGAGGAAGGACCACUGAAAUGGGCACGGUUCAGAACGAAUCCUUCCGCCAUCAGCACCAUGGUAAAUUUGAAAUACUUUCAAAAAUUUUCUUAAAAAAGCAAAAUAUCUCUAUUAUAGUUUAUUUUGACAAUAAAAUUCUCUUUUGCCGCCAAAAUUUUCAUUACAAACUUUCAAGAAAAGGUAAGCUUUUCUGGGAAUUUUUUUUUCGAGAGAGAGAGGAACCAGAGGGUUUAGGAAUUUGAAAAAAAAAAACCUUUCAACCUUAAGAAAUAAAUUAUGGCAGAGACUUUUCGUUUUGAGAGCCCCAUGAAUCUCGUCGCUUUAUAAACCCAAGAGUGAACGAAGCAUCAUGUUUUUAUAAAUCACAAGUAGUAAAUUUUGAGGCCGAGGUCGUGGAGGCGGUGGCGGACAUGGCCAUAGAGGUAAUCGAGGUGGCGGAGGCGGAUUCAGAGGUGGCAGACGAGACGAAAACGGUGGAGGAUUCCAAAAAAGUCAGGAAGACCAGGUACGUUGAUCCUUCUGCAAUGACUGUCAUAUCGUUUUAUAAUUUUCUAACAGUGAUUUGUUUCAAACUGAUUCUCAACCCCCCACCCCUUUAAAAAAACAAGGUUGAAUUUCUUAUGGCAUAAUUAUUUUUUUAUAGUCUUUAGGCAGAAAUUUAUGAGCUGAUGAAGAAAAAAUUCGAAUAAUUUCGUGAACACGACCAACGAUAAAAGAAAAAUUUAUUUUUAAGUUUGCUGAAAAACUGAAAAAUAUUAUAAAAACCGUUCGAGUAGAAAAAAAUUAUAGUAGUCUCUUUUUCAAUUCUUUUCAACCGAAUUUUGUGAGAAUAAUGCGAAUUUAUACAGAGUUUAUUUUUGAAGUAGGAUAUUUUUGGGCUUGUGAAAAAAAAACAGUUGGCGGUCAUAAUCUUCUAAUUUCGCCCAUUUUCUUGUAUGAUCUCUGAUUUCAACUGAUUUUUUCGUGUGAAAAUGAUCCGGUAUCCUUUUUCCCCUUUCUGUUGAUAAAUUCCGCGAGUUGAGGUCCGCGCAGAGUACAGCCGCGGCGGGAACGAUUCUGGCCAUCGAGGCGGUCACCGUGGAGGAGGAGGACAUCGUGGCAACCGCGGUCGUGGCCAUUAUUGA